AUGUCGCGGAUUGAAAAACUGUCCAUCUCCGGCGUCCGGUCAUUCAGCCCGGCCUGCCGUGAAGCCAUCCAGUUCAACACCCCACUGACCCUCAUCGUCGGCUACAAUGGUUCCGGAAAGACAACCAUCAUCGAAUGUCUCAAAUAUGCGACAACUGGCGAGCUUCCUCCCAACAGCAAGGGCGGCGCAUUUAUUCAUGACCCAAAGCUGUGCGGUGAAAAAGAGGUCUUGGCACAGGUCAAACUUCAGUUCCGAUCCAUCAACGACCGCCAACAUGUCGCCACCAGAAGUUUGCAGUUGACCGUGAAGAAAACAACACGCUCGCAAAAGACGCUCGAUUGCUCCCUCGUCGUGCUCAAUAACGGCGAGAAGACCACCACGUCGACCAGACAAGCCCAGCUCGACGAAAUGAUCCCGGAGCGACUUGGCGUCUCGCCCGCUAUUCUCGAUGCAGUAAUCUUUUGCCAUCAAGACGAGUCUUUGUGGCCUCUGAGCGAGCCCUCCGUCCUAAAGAAGCGAUUCGACGAAAUAUUCGAAGCCUUGAAAUAUACAAAAGCCAUCGAAAAUCUCAAAGUUCUUCGUAAAAAGCAAGUCGAGGAGCUCGGCAAGCUUCAAAAUGACGAGUUCCAUAACAAGGGCAACAAAGAUCGGGGUGACCGUGCUGAGAAGCGCAUGACCGGUCUCCAAGCGGAGAUUGAGGCUGCUCGCGAAAAGUGCGAGGCCAUCACUGCCCAUAUGCAAGAGACGCAAGAUAAAAUUAAACAGAAGCACGAGCAAGCAAACAGCUUUUUGCAAAUUGUGCAAAAUCUAGGCAACAAACGCGAACAGCUCGACUACCGACAAGAUGCCGUCGACGAGCUACGGCAGACUAUCGACGAGCUUCCCGAGGACGACAGAUCACUCGAACGCCAGCUUGUACAGUACGAAGAAAGUAUGCGCCGUCAAAGCGAAGAGGCGCAACGGAACAAGACACAAUACGGCGAUCUCCAGCAAGAUCUUGUCAAGUCUCGCAAAAGUCUUUCCACCAAGCUUGCCGAGCAGGGCAAGCACCAGUCAGAUAAGGAAAAGCACGAGCGCCAGCUGAAGAUGCGCAUGGAAAUGGUGCAAGAGGCUGCUCAGCAUCAUGGAUUCCGGGGUUACGAGGACGAUUUGACCGACGCGCUCAUCAAGCAGUUCAACGACAAGAUUCAAAAGCUUUUCGCCGAGAAAAAGCGAGAGUUGGAGCGUCUGCAAAAAGAAAAUGCGGCUGAGCUUGACAAAGCAUCCGCGACUAUUUCAGAGUUCGAAGGGCAGAAGGCUGCUAGGACUCAGGAUCGAGUGUCUGCCAAGCAACGACAAGGCGCAAUCGAAAAGAGAACAAUAGUACUGCAAAACGAAGCUUCGUCAAUUGAUGUCGACGAAGGUCUGAAGGCUAUUCUUGAUGGUCAGCUGGGAGAGCUGGAAAGCAAAUUUUCGCAAGUUCAUCGAGAAUUCGAGACAGCAGCGUGGGACAACCAAAUUUCCGAUGAAAACGCAAAGCUUUGGCAGCUCGAGAGUGAAAGUGAGAAACUGGGGAGAGAACUGAUCGAAUGCACCCGCCUCGCGUCAGAACGAGCCCAGCUGGACUUUCGAAGGAAGGAGCUUUCUGACCGCAAACUUAAGCUCACUUCGCUAACCGAGACUUGGAGAUCGAAGCUGGACAAAGUCAUUGGCGGCGACUGGUCUCCGGAGGACUUAGAGGCCAAGUUCCAAGCUCUACUCGCAGCUCAGAACAAAGCACUCCAAGAAGCUCGCCAGCAACAGGAACAGACCCGCCAGAAGCAAGCAAGGGUAGACUUCAAGCUCAAGACGGUCAAGGAGACCUGCGAACAGAAGCAAACAGAUCAAAUCGAGUGCAAGAAGAAAGUCCUUCAGGCACUGCAGAAUGUACGGGAUUCAGCCGUAAUAGAAGACUACACGGAAGAGGUCUCAGCAACAGAGCAGCAGAUAGAGACCUUGCGAGAUGAUCUCAGCCUCAUUGAUGCCCUCAAAGACUACUAUACCAAAUGCAAGCGGGCACUUGAUGCAAAGAAGACGUGUCUCCUUUGUGAUCGGCACUUUGACGACAGCCAGGCUGCUAGCAUCGACCGACUACGCGUCAAGAUCGACCGACACUUGAACUCCAAAACAAAAAUAGAAGCCGAGCAAGAUCUCAGUGAGGCCUCUUCUACGCUGCAGUCACUGGUGGCCGUACGAAGCCAGUAUGAUACAUAUGAAAGAUUGGGCAAGGAGCUUCCUGGGCUGCGUGAUGAGCGCAAGUCAAUCGAAGCCGAUCACGAAUCAACCGAGAGACUGCUUGAAGAGCACGAUGCUGUUGUUGCUGCCGAGGAAGACAAGAAGCGAGACAUGAACGACAUGUCAAAGACUGUCAGCAAUAUUACCCAGACACUACGGGAGAUCAAAGACUCUGAAGGUCAGGUUGAGCGCAUUGCUUCCCAACAGCAAUCUGUUGGCACUGGCCGCAGUGCCGAUGAGAUUCAUGAUCUCCAAGGUACUGUUUCAGAGCAGAUGCGUGCUUCUAAAAAUCGAGUUGCAAAACUGUCAAAUGACCGGCAGCGGGCUCGGGAUCAGAUUAGCACACUUGAGUUGGAAAAGAGCGAACUACGCAACAAGAUUAGCCUCACUCUAGGACAACUUGAUAAAAAGCAAGAUUUGCUAGGCCAAAUACAAAGUCUCAAAGAGGAGCAGACCCACCAGCGCGAAGCUAUCCAGCGCGCCGAUGAGGAACUGGAGAAGGUUGAGCCGCGAAUCACGGAAGCGCGCUCCAUUCGCGACGAGACUUUGAAGCGCGGAAGAGCCAAAGAGCAGGUGGUUACCGAGAGCCGGGAUUCUGUCGCCACUUCUAUCAAUGAGAUCAAAAUGAUCGAAUCUGACAUUCGAGACUAUGAAGACCGUGGUGGUGCCUCCAAUUUGGCUUCAAACCAGAGGGCCAUUGCCACUCUGGAGCAGAAUAUCACAACGACGGAGACGGAGAUUUCGGAGCUGACGCAACGGACAAACAAGCUGAAGCAAGACAUUGACAAUGGUGAUCGCACAAAGAAGAACAUAAAUGACAAUCUCAACUAUCGCAAACACUUGAGAAUGCUCGAGACUUUGCGAGGAGAGAUCAAUGAGCUGGAAGAUCGGAAUGCUCACGAAGACUACGAGCGUUUGCAAGGCGAAGCACGUGCACUCGAAAACCAGUCCAACAGGCUCUUUGCUGAACGAGGCUCCGUCAUGGGGUCGAUGAAGACCAAAGAUGAGGAUCUAGAUCGGCUUCUCAAGGAGUGGGAGAUGGACUACAAGGAUGCCAAGCAAAAGUACCGCGAGUCGCAUAUCCGCGUGGAGACGACCAAGGCCGCGAUCGAAGACCUCGCGCAGUGCGGCGCGGCUGUGGAUAAGGCCGUGAUGCAGUUCCACGCGAUGAAGAUGGCCGAGGUGAACCGCAUCGCGGGGGAGCUGUGGCAGAGCACGUAUCAGGGCACCGACAUUGACACGAUCCUGAUCCGCUCCGACAAUGAGGGCACGACCGGCCGGCGCAACUACAACUACCGGCUGUGCAUGGUCAAGCAAGACGCCGAGAUGGACAUGCGCGGGCGCUGCUCGGCCGGCCAAAAGGUGCUAGCGAGCAUCAUUGUGCGCCUCGCACUGGCCGAGUCGUUUGGCGUCAACUGCGGCCUCAUCGCCCUCGACGAGCCCACGACCAACCUCGACCGCGACAACAUCAAGAGCCUCGCCGAGAGCCUGCACAAUAUCAUCCGCACCCGCCAGGCCCAGAGCAACUUUCAGCUCAUCGUCAUCACCCACGACGAGGACUUUCUGCGGCACAUGCGCUGCAGCGACUUUUGCGACAGCUUCUUCCGCGUCAAGCGCGACGACAAGCAGAAUAGCGUCAUCUCGCGUGAGAGCAUCACCAAGAUUUUCUAG